AUGCAGCGGAUUCUACGCAUCAACCUCCAAGCCCGCAAUCAAACCCUCAAAGCCACUCGUCGGAAAAACUAUGAAAAGUUACGAGAAGACUGGAAAGAAUACGAGACCCGUCUGGUCCAGACGGAGAAAGUGAAAAAUGCCCACAUCAAAGCCGAGCGCAGAGCCCGGAGGGAGGAUUGGAUCAUGGGGCCUCUGGCACCGAAACGAGACGUCGGCACAAAGCAAAACUUCUAUGGCACUGUGAGCAAUCUGCUUUACCAAGGCCCAGUCUUUCCUCCGAGGGUUAGGCAUGGGCCUAAGAGUAAUGGGUGGGACCCUGUCGGAGGUGAAGGACUAGAAGAGGAACAAAAAGAGUGGGAGGGGUUCGGAAACGAAGGGAAUAUUGUGGAGGGAGAUCGAGUUUGCAUUGUGAAAGGGAAGAAGCAGGGUUUGAUCGGGCAGAUUGGCAAAGUGAAGGAUGUCAGUAGCGAUGCCAAGGAGCUGAGAAUAGAGGGUCUGAAUAUGGCCGAUGUUGAGAUUCCGGAGAGCUUUGGCGAACAGCGCGAAAAAGUGCACUUCUCAUCCCUCGAAUUACCCAUACCCAUUGCCGACGUACGCCUUGUCUAUCGCCUCACCGACCCUGCGACUGGUCGCGACAGGGAUGUCAUCGUAAAGCACAUCCGUGGCGGCGCUCCUUAUUUUCAGCGCGAACCUAACUCGCCUCUACCCCGACAUACACGCUACAUCGUGGGGGAAGAUGUCCAGAUCCCAUGGCCGGAAGCUGAAGCUCCCACGUAUCAAGCCUUCGAGGGAGAUACAUCGCGCUACGAUGUCGAGUCACAAACCUGGACGCCUACGAUAUAUCAAGCGCCCCUGCCCUCUCAGGAGAUAUUUGACGACCUGACAGAAGAUGAUAAAUAUCGGCGAGAUAGAGCAUGGCACGAAGAUGAGUAUGUGAGGAUGAAGAUCUUGGAGGAUGCUCGUGCAGAGUGGUUCAAGGAGAGAAAGAUUCAAGGCCCCUUGGCGAAGAUGGCUGAGGAGAAACUCAAGACGGUGGCGCAGAGGGUUGAAGCAAUGAAACAAGCCGGAAUGAGUGAAGAGACGAGGAAGGUUUUGUUGGAGGAGAUGAGUGCAGCAAGGGCAAGAAGGAGACUGAAAACAGCAGCGUGA